AUGUCGCAGCCAGGCGCCGCCGAGGCGCCACCAGAGCCGGCGGACGCUCCGCUGCCGCCGCCGCCGCAGACGGGGGCGGCCGCUGCGGCUGGCGCUCCAGAGCCUGCCAGCAAGCCUGCCGCCACCCAGGCCCGUAUCUACCAGCUGGAGCUUCUGGAGCUGGCCAAGAAGCGGAACGUCAUUGCUUUCCUGGACACCGGCGCUGGCAAGACGUUUGUUUCGGUGCUGCUCAUCCGCCACCGCAUGGCGGAGCAGCGGCGGCUGGCGGCACAGGCGGCGGCCGCGCGGCACCACCCACGCGCCGCCACGCCCGCUCCUGCGCCCGCCGCCGACGCCGGCCCCAGCGCCGCCGGCGAAGCCCCCGCCGCCGCUCCUGCCACCCCUGCCGCGGCUGGCGCGACACGCAACGGCAGCCGCGUGGACGAGGCCAGCGGCGUGCACGGCAGCGUGCACGGCGGCGACAGCGGCGGCACAGGUAGCCCUCCCCACAGGGAGCACCGCGUGGCAAUUUUCCUGGCACCCAAGGUCGCGCUGGUGGUGCAGCAGGCGGAGGUGCUGCGGGCCCACCUGGGCGCGGACCAAGUGGCGCACUUUGUGGGCGAGAUGGGGGUGGAUCUGUUUGAGAAGGAGAGGUGGCACGCCGCCUUUGCGGACCACGAUGUGCUGGCCAUGACCCCCCAGAUCCUGCUCAACCUGCUGAGCCACGGCAUCAUCAAGGCGAGCCUGAGGCCGCGGCAGCACCCCUCCGGCCAGCUGCUGCGCCUGGCCAAGCAGAGCGCACAGCGUGCUUUGGCAGCUGCGUUGACUCAAGAGUCGCACGCCCCACCUGUUUCAUCAGAGGUGCAGCUGGCCGCGCCGCGCCUCGGCCCCUCACCCCGCCUGCCGCUGCCGCCGGCGACGCGCCCGCAGAUGAGCCAGGUGCACCUGCUGGUGUUUGAUGAGUGCCACCACUGCAAGUCCAAGCACCCUUUCAACAGAAUCAUGCAGCAGUUCUACCACAGCCACGAGGCACUGCUGGCGCCGCGGCCCCACGUCUUUGGCAUGACGGCGGCGCCGGCCAACGUCGGCCGCCGCGAGACGCAGGAGGACAUGGAGGCCAAGAUUCGGGUUCUGGAGGCCAACCUGGAUGCGCGGGUGGUCACCGUGGUCAACCGCGCUUCGGUGGAGGAGGUGGCGCGGCCCCCCACCCUGCGCGUGGCCGCCUACCGCCCCAGCUGGUGGGAGGGGACGCCAGUGGCGGUGACGCAGCGCCUGCUGCUGCGGGCGCGCCGCCGCCUGCAGUGCGCGGGAGAGAACUUUGAGCUGCAGUGGCUGCGCUCGCUGCAGCGCCAGCUGGGGUGCGAGGGCCUGGAGCCCUCAGCCCACUGCAUCUUCUUCGACCCGCUGGUGCCUGGGUUCACGGCCGCCAGGCUGGACCAGAUGCUGAGCAGCGUGGAGCACGUGCUGCAGACGCUGGGGCCGUACUGCGCUGCCCUGUGCGCCGCCGAGGUCUUUGCGUCCCUGGUGCAGCCCCCCGCCAGCACCAGUGGCACCGCCUACUGCUACGCUCAGCUGCGCAAGCGACGCGGCGGCGGUCAGGGGGCAGCCGAGGCAGCAGCAGAGGAUGAGGGGCCGGCGGCAGCGGGGGAGGAGGGGGAGGGGCAGCGGGCGGGGCCGUCCACGCCUGCCAACGCCGCCAUGCAGCUGUCAGAGGAGGUGGCGGCGCUGCGCGAGGCGGCCCUGGUGGACCAUGUGCUGGCCAACAGUUUCGACCUGGCUGAGGUGGAGAGCGAGCAGGCGGCGGCCCACCACUCUGUGAUGGAUGUGCUGGAGGCGUUUGCCGGCCUGUUUGGCCAGCACCCCUUCCUGCCCCCCGCCACUGCGCCUGGUAAGCCAGCCGGCCACGAGUCAAGGGCUGCGCCAGCCACGGGCUCAUGGCAGCCAGGUGAUGGUCAGCACGAGGCUGGCGGCCAGCACCAGGAGCAGCAGCAGGGCGAGCAGGGCGAGCAGGCGCCAGGGGAGCAGGCGCAGCAGGAUCUGCCUGAGCUGCUGGCUGAUGUGCGGGCCAGGGUGGCCGCGGGGCAGCUGCUGGGGGCGCAGCCGCUGCUUGCCAUGCGGGCCAUGCUGCGCGGCGUCAGCGCCCAGCACCUGCAGCGAGACGUGGAGCGCCAGCUGCCGGCUCAGCAGGCGGUGGCCGCCGCAGCAGCCGCUGCAGCAGCAGCAGCAGCCGCUGCUGCUGCCGUCAAGGCCUCUGCCGCUGCCGCUGGCGGGAAUGACGCAAUCAUCUUGGCGGGGGCUUGUGAGGAGGGUGGCUGCCUGGAGGAGCAGCUGCUGGCAGCCACUGCCCUGGCCGACAGCAGCAUGCCUCACUUCCACCUCGUCUCUCCCAAGAUGGCGGCACUGGCGGGGCAGCUGAUGCGGUACCGCGGCGCCGCCGCCGCGCUGGCCCCCGGCCCCGGCUGGUGCGGCAUCGUGUUUGUGACACAGCGCAUGGCGGCCUGGGCACUGCACAAGAUGCUCAGCACCCUGCCCGCCACCCGAGGCGUCUUCCGCACCUCAGCCAUCAUGGGGCUGGGGCCCCGCGAGCAGUCGCGCAUCCUGCGGCGCUUCAGGGCGGGGGAGCUCAACCUGCUCGUCUCCACCUCAGUGGCUGAGGAGGGGAUCGACGUCAAGUCCUGCCAGCUGGUGGUGCGGUACGACCUGCCCAACAACGCGCAGAGCUACAUCCAGUCGCGCGGGCGGGCGCGCAUGAUCAACUCGGAGCUGCUGAUGAUGGUGCAGGAGGGGGUGGAGGAGGAGCACAGGAUGGUGCGCCACAUGGUGGAGUAUGAGCACCAGCUGAGGCAGGAGGUGCUGCUCAACAUCGAGCGCCUGCAGGCGGGUGCCAUCGACGACGACGCUGACGUGGCGGCCGAGGCGGCCGAGCUUCAGGCGGCGCUGGCCCACGCCCCCGUGUACGAGGUUGAGUCCACCGGCGCCCGAGCAACGCUGGAGAACGCGCAGGCACGCCCCCACACCUGUGCCCAGGCCGCCAGCCGCCCGGCGCAGCGCCGCUGCUCCUGCUGCCGCACUGCGGUGCAGGAGGGGCCCCUGGCGUUGCUGCACACUUACACCAGCAAGCUGCCCUCAGACCAGUACACCGUGCUGAGGCCGCUCUUCCGCACAGAGCAGCUGGACCAGCGCGUCUUCAGGACGCGCGUCUUCCUGCCCAACAACUCCCCCCUGCCCUGGGCAGACGGCCUGGGCGCCCUCAACGACUUCCUGCUGCCUGCUGUGCUGGAUGAGGCCAAGCGCGCCGCACACACGCCGCGCGCCGCCAAGGGCCCCAGGGAGGGCCAGGCCGCCGGGCACAAGCGGCUGGCGGAGCCGGGCUCGCUGCGCGGCCUGCUGGCCCAGGACCGAGCCACCCUGCACUGCUACCGCUGGGAGGCCCGCGGGGCCUGCGGGGCCUGCCCGGCAGCAGAGGGCGCUGCCGCCGACCCCCAGCUGCGCCAGCUGCUGAGCUCUCUGGAGCUGCUGGGCUUGCUGCUGCCGCAGCCGCUGCCCAACCAGCUGCCCGCCUUCACGCUCACUGCCCCCGCCCCGCCAGCGGCUGCCGCCGACCCCGCUGCCGCCGACGCUGCUUGCGUGCCCCCCUGUGGCACUGCCGCCGCCGGCCACCCCCGGGCCGAGCCCGGCGACGGCAGCGCCACUGGUACGAGCGGCGCCAGCAGCGUCGGCGCCAGCAUCCAGGUGCGGCUGGUGCCAGCUGGCACCGCUGAGCUGGCGCCCGAUCAGCUGCAGCUGCUGCUGGCCUGUGGUAGUGCCCUGCUGGCUCAGAUGCUGUCGCGAGGCAGCUACAGCGGCGCGGCGGCCGCCCUCAUCGCCGCCACACUCCCGACGGGCCCCAGGCCUGCCGGUACUGCCGCCGGUGCUGCUGCCCCCACGGGCGUUGACGGCACCCCGGCAGCAGCCGCCACAGCAGCCGCCAGCACAGCAGCUGCCCAGGAGCAGCCGCCCAUCAGCACUCCAGUUUCUGUCGCCGUCCCAGCCGAAGGCAGCAGCGAGGCGGCCAGCGGCAGCAUGGAAACCCCAAGGGAGGCGGCAGCGGCAGACAGGCCAGUGCCGAUGGAUGCAGAGGUGGCGGCGUCCCCAGAGGAUGCCGAGGCGGCGGCAGCUGCCGAGCAGCUGGCCCACCGCGCCGUGCACAGCGUGCUGCUGCUCCACGACGGGCGCGGCCUGCCGCGGCGUAAUCGCCACCGCGCGGGCGGCGCCGCCGCCAAGCUGGCGGCCGGCGCCGCUGCGGCGGGCGAUGCCGGUUUCUUGAUCGUUCCGCUGCUGGGGCACGUGCCAGGCAUGGAGCAGGCCGGGGAGGGCAGGCAGGAGCAGGGCGGCAAGGUGGAGGCUGGCAGCAGCCGUGGCGAGGCCUCCUCGCAAGGCAGGGCCGUCGGCGGUGCCAGACGCGGCGAUGCUGCUGCGGGUGUUGACUGGGGGGCGGUGCGCAGCAUCGCCGCCACGGCUGCUUUCAAGGGCACGCUGCUGGAGUGGCUGAGGCAGCAGGUGCAGGAGCAGGUGCAGGAGCAGGCGCAGGAGCAGGGAGGGCAGGCGGCAGGCAGCAGCAGCUGCAGCGGAGCCGCCAUGCGCAAGGCGCUCGCAGGGCGAGUGCUGGUGGCCACCCACAACAACGCCGCCUACCUCUACAGGCAAGCCUGGCGCUGUGCGAGCACCUUUGAGCGCAGGGAGCCCGAGUACGUGCAGGCCAAGCGUGCCAGGAAGGAACACAAGGCUGCGGCGGCCGCCGCUGCUGGGACGGGUGCAGGCGUGCAGCCCGAGGAGGGGGAGGCAGCCGCAGCCGCAGCCCAGGCGCCUGCCGCGGCCGAGGCGGCAGAUGCGUGCAUGCCGGAUGCCGCCCCCGCCGAGCCCGGUGCAGCCACCGCCGGGCCGGCGGCGGAGCCGGCCCCCGAGCAGCCGGCGCUGGUCAGCUAUGCUGCCUACUAUGCGGAGCGGUGGGGCCAGCGGGAGCUGGAUGAGGGGCAGCCGCUGCUGGCGGCGGCGCGCGUGUCGCGGCAGCAGCUGGCGCGCGGGCUGGACAUGCGGCGCGCCCGCAAGCGAGGCUGCGCGCUGCAGCUGGAGGCGGAGGAGGAGGUGCGCCUGCUGCCCCAGCUGUGCAUCGUGCACCCGGUGCCGGCGGCGCUGUGGCGCCCGCUGGGCACGCUGCCCGCGCUGAUGUGGCAGCUGGAGGGCGCCCUGCUGGCAGACCAGCUGCUGGAGCAGAUGCUGCCUGCAGACCUGCCCCCCGAGAAGGCGCCUCCCCUGGAGCUCCUGCGCACCACGCGCCUGGAGACCCUGGGCGACGCCUUUCUCAAGUUUGCCGUGUCCGCCCAGCUCUUCUCGGCGCAUCGCCAGUACCACGAGGGCCAGCUCACCAAGCGCAAGGAGCUGGUGGUGGCCAACAUACACCUGGCGGAGGCGGCCGUCAAGCUGGGCCUGGACCGCCGCCUGCGCGUGCUGCCCUUCUCCAUGCACAACUGGGCCUCCCCCGAGGCCGUCAGGAAGAGCAGCAAGGUGCUGGCUGAUGCAAUGGAGGCGCUUCUGGGCGCCUUCCUGGUGGCUGGAGGAUACCCCGCAGCGCUGGCCUUCCUGCAGGCCAGUGCCGGCCGCCGCGGCCGCCGCCUGCGCCUGCCGCGAGCGGCAGCGCCGGGCUGGGGCCUCUGCUCCCAGCCAUACUCGCAACACCUGGGCCUGCUCAAGGGCUGGGUGCCCAUCAGCGCAGAGGCGUGCAUCCCGCCGGAGAGCCCCGAGCUGGAGUGCGAUGUGGGGGCCAUCGAGGCGGUACUGGGGCACACCUUUGCCAGCAAGUGGCUGGUGGUGGAGGCGCUGACGCACUGCAGCUGGCCGGGGUCCGGCGUGCGCUGCUUCCAGCGCCUCGAGUUUUUGGGGGACGCGGUACUGGACGCCCUGAUGCACGACAUGCGCAGCGUGGCGGUCAACGCCUCGCGCCUCGCCUACGCAGGCAAGCCUGGUCUGGACUUUGUGGAGGAGUGGCGGGACAGGCUGCGGGAGGCGCUGGAGGCGCAGGAGCAGCAGGCCUGCCCCGCCUCCCCCGCUGGCGGCACCGCUGGCGCGGCCGCGGGCGACGCCGACGCUGCUGCCAGCAAGGAGGCGCUGCGGGCUGCGGAGCUGUCUGUCAUGACUCAGUUUGCGUUUGGCUUCCAAACCAUACAGGCCCCCAAGGCAAGCGGCCGCGACCAGCCACCUAGCCCUGCGCUGCACUGCCUGCAAACUGUGCUGAGCGAUGUGGUGGAGUCGCUGAUCGGCGCCGUGUUUGUCGACACGGGCGGCGACAUGGGCAGGGUGUGGGAGGUGACGCAGCGGCUGCUGGACCCCAUGGUGGUGCCCGAGACGCUGCCGGUGCACCCCAUCAGGAGGCUGCAGGAGCUGGUGCAGCGGUGCGGCGUGAACCCUAAGUACGAGGAGGCGGGGCGGGAGCAGGGCGGUGCGGGGCGCGUGCACGUCAAGGUCAGCGCGCAGGGCGUGGUGCUGGGGGAGAGCGUGAUGCAGGCCACCAACUUUAGGGCCGCGUGCCGGCUGGCGGCGGAGGCGGCAGUGAAGGGAUGGGCCGACCGCUCCGCAAAGGUGCUGGAGGCCAAGGCAGCUGCUGCCGCUGCCGCUGCUGCUGUAGCAGCAGAAGCAGCGCCAGCUGCCGAGGGAACACCGGCCAGGGAUGCACCGCACAGCUGA